AUGCAAGGCCUACCCACCUCGGCCGAGUCGCUUUGCAUUGCAGAGAUGGGCACCAGUGAGACCGAUGGAGACAAAUCUGUACAGACGGGAGGCAUCCUCUACCUCAACAUUGGUCUUAAUAACGGUGUGCUUUUGCGCGUCGUUUUGGAUCCUGUGACUGGCGAGCUCUCCGACACUCGCACUCGCUACCUCGGCACCAGUCCUGUCAAGCUUUUCCGUAUCGCUAUGCAAGGUGGCGAGGCAGUGUUGGCUGUUUCCAGUCGCUCAUGGCUCAGUUACACCUACCAGAGCCGAUUCCAUCUAAUCCCGCUCUCCUACGAAACUCUUGAAUACGCCUCGGGUUUCUCGUCUGAACAAUGUCCGGAGGGCGUGGUUGCGAUUUGUGAAAAUUCCCUACGUAUCCUGGCCCUGGAGAAGUUGGGUGCCGUCUUCAAUCAGACCAGUGCAGCCCUGCAGUACACGCCGCGCAAGUUCGUCUUUCACCCAGAGUCUAACAAUGCCUUCAUUAUUGAGACCGACCACAACGCCUACACGGACGACCUAAAGGCCGAGCGACGAAAAGAAAUGGCGGAGGUGAGUACGGCAUAG